AGAAGAUAGCCUUAGGCGAUACAGAUCUCGUCUGUGAGAAGGAGAAGGCAAUGAAAGAGAAACAGGAACAUACGCUCGGUUAGCCUUCGCCUGGGUGAAGUAGUACUUCAAGAUGUUUGCGCUUAGAUCGCUUUCUACUAUCAGUUCUAUCUCUGUCACUUUUUUGCUAGCAUGGCUCCUCGUGCUCGUUCUGUUCCGCUGCGUACAGCGGUUGCGCGCACGCAACGCGGUUGCCUUCUUCCAUCCCCAGUGUUCCGGCAUGGGCGGGGGAGAAAGAGUUUUGUGGUGCGCGGUGGUGGAAAUUUUGAAGGACGCGGACGUUGUAAUCUACACGACGCCCAGCAAUGCGGCAAAGAAGGAGGAAAUUCUGCAGCGAGUGGAGAGUGGUUUUGGCAUUCCGCUGCAGCAGGGACCAGGGAAAAGGACGCUGACGUUUGUCCCCGUGAAGCUUUUCGCGCUGACCAACAACCCAAGGUUAUUCCCGGUUUUUACGCUGUUGCUGCAAAAUCUGUGCUCCAUCCUGGUCGCGGUCGAGGCGUGCGUGAAGUGCCCCUGUAAGAUAUCAAAGUGAAAAAAGCCCCCACCCCAUAUCGGAAACGGAAGAUGCGCGAAUUUGUGAUGCUGUAUUUGAGUACACAAAUCGGCUUGUAAUGCUAGAGGGCCAAGAGACGAAGCUGCGGCCUAAAUUGCAGGCAAUCUGUCAUGCUGUUUCCCACUUCCAGUGGCCUCCUGUCAUCCUGGAGCUGCAAGGCUUUCCCACGCUAGACAGUACUACAGUCCGCAUCUUUUGCCUUCUAGCAUCACAAAGCUGAUUUGUGGCCACAAAUCUGCGUCUGGGGUUUUGAAAAGCUCUUCUAUCAGUUCCGGGCAGUGAUAAUGCACACAUGAUGCAAACCUGAUACGACUACCGGGAAGUGAUAGAAAACAGUAAAAAUUGAAGCUGAUUGCAAAUAGCUUAGUACAAAAAGAUCUUCGGCGUCAAUUAUCACGCAGCAUACAGCCCAAGAGACGACAGGGCGAGAGCCCUGCAAGACCGGGCGUCGAUAGUAAGAGCAAAAAACAAAAAUGCACGCAUACACGCGCACUGCUUAACUGUGUGAAAGGUGUCGGCCCUGUUUGACCUGCUGCGGCAGGCAGGUGAAUUCGUAGAACUGCAUCACAUGUUAAGUAACGCACACCGGCCUCCUAGUUUUAGUGAUGAAUUUAUAUGAAAAAAUCCAGCGUGGGGCCCAAUCAAAAAAAAAAAAUCUGCGUCACAGAUUUCCGUCUUGAUAUGGGGAGGGGGCAUUUUUCAUUGUAAUAUAAGAUCUUCAUCGAGAGCACCGGGUUCGGGUUCGCCCUCCCGGUCGCGAAGUGGCUCGGUAGCACUUUCGUCGCGACCUACAUUCACUACCCCACGAUGAGCUUUGACAUGAUUUCCAGGGUGCAAAACAACGUGCACAUGUACAACAACCAAGCCUGGAUCUCGAAGAGCGUCGUGCUGACGAAAGUGAAACUCGGCUACUACCAUCUGUUUCUUUUGCUGUACGGACUUAGCGGCUACUUCGCCGAUCACGUGUGGUGCAACUCCAGCUGGACCCGAAGUCGCAUUUUACGAAUUUUUUUCAAGAACAGCAACAUCGACUUACUGUUUCCCCCGACGGACCUGGAAAAUCUCGUCGCCGCCGGGGACAAGGAGCUCCUGUCGAAAGAAAGCCCGUCAAAAACGAACAGCAUAACCACGGAAGGGCCAGCAGUAGAGGUCGCUCCCGCGAGAAAUACUACUACUUCGUCUACUGAGACGAGAAACACAACAAGUGGUACAACUUCAGUAGGCAGGGGAACGAAACUCCCGGGAAUGAAGCGCGCCAAUCGCGUUGUUUCCCUGGCGCAGUUCCGUAUUGAAAAAGACCACCGGCUGCAGAUUGAAGCGUUUGCCGAAGCGUGGCGAAAGAAAAUGCUUCCUUUGGACGCUUGUCUGGACAUGAUGGGGUCUACGAGAAACGCCGACGACGAGGCCCUGGCGGGCGGGUUGGAGCAUUUUGUCGAAGAGCUGGGGCUGUCUGACCGUGUGAAAAUCUGUCGCAACCUUCCGUUUCCGGACGUGGUGGCCAAAUUGCGGUCCAGCAAAGUCGCCAUUCACACGAUGCGGGACGAGCAUUUCGGCAUUACCGUUGUGGAGUUUGUGGCGGCACGGCUGCUGUGCGUGUGCCACCGGUCCGGUGGACCAAAGGAGGACAUCCUGUGCACCACGGACUUGCAGCGCCAGCUGCUCGCUGAAUCUCGGACGGAAUUUGCAGAGGCCCUCGGGCGCGCUUUUUCCUGCUACGACGACGCAACAGCGGACUUGGAUGCAGCGAUUGCCGGACUGAGCAGAUUCCCGGAUAAUGUCGCGUUCGGGCGGGCCAUUGCGGGUUUUGUGGCAGAGAAAAUGGCUGAAAAUGUUGAUCUUACCACCUGGAGGAAUUUGUUUUUCAGUAGCAGUUUGACUCGUGAAAAAACAGACAAACAGAAUCGUUGAGCGCAAGAUCCAAAGUGUAAAUGGAAUAGUCCUGCCAUGAGCGAGCAGCUCAAACUAACAUUCGCUGUUGAAAAAAAGUUGCAUUUUUAAAAGCAUAGAAUCUCGACGCAUGCGGCUACGACACAAAUGAAAAGUUUGACAGA